AUUAUACGAUUGUAACUGCCGUAGGAAGAGGAUCGGAGGAAGAGGAUCGAAAAAUGGCGGUGAGGAGGGGAAGCAGAAGGAAGAUCGAUCAUCGUCUCUAAUGUUUCACUUUGUCUCUUAACUCUGAUCUCCAGGUGGUACCUUCCUCUUCUUGAUCACCUGUUUUUCGAUGGUCACAAUGCGUCUUUUUAGGUCCUCAUCUGCCGUCUGCGAAUCGAGUGGGACCGAGGCCGCGUUUGCGUGUUGAUGGUCCUGAGGACCACAAGGAUGGAAGAGACGCACCACGGGAAGGUGGGAAGACGACGAAGUUGGUGAGUUUUGCCAAAGGAAUAUUCUGGACUGCAAAUUUUCUACAGCCUGUGCUUACUGGUCAGACUUUUUUGAUUGGAAUUAACUGGCCAUCUUUAUUCAAGUCACAGGUUAGAUGUCUUAGCUAAUAAAAGCUUCAUGUUCCAAGUUCUAAAGAAUCUCUCUAGCAUUUCUUUGUCCGUUCACUGUCCAGCUUGCAUCUCACUUUUACACGUUAUAACCACUUCCUGCGAUGAUUUCGGUCAUGUAGGAAGUUUAUGUUCUCUUUCAAUCAACAAUGUGCAGUCACCUGAUGUGUUGUCUCAGAAGUUGUACAACAAAUAUCAUGGAGGUUUUGCAUCUUAGUUUUAAACGGUAAGAUAACCGAGAGCAGUAAAUGUUUUUUCCCUUUUGUUGAUCUUCAAAAAUUGGGUAAGGAUAAAUAUUCAGGAGUUAUACAACAAAUAUCAUAGAGGUUUUGCAUCUUAGUUUUAAACGGUAAGAUGGCUGAUAUCAGUAAAUGUUUUUUCCCUGUUGUUGAUCUUAAAAAAUUGGGUAAGGAUAAAUAGUCAGGAGUUUGCUAUCAACAAUUGAGUUCUUUGCUUAGCUAACAACCUUCACCUACUCCACUAGAGGGUCCUUAGCUUAUCUUUUGGUUUUAGGUUGACAUACAGGAAUCGAUCGGUUGUUUUGGUGAGCAACUCUUUGGGAGGUUUUUGUUUGAUGUUGACUUGACAUGAUCGAAUCAUUUGCAGGACGAUUCCUUUGUCGGAUUGGGAAUCUGAGGGAGCUAUAGAAAGCCCUACCGGACAAUCAUUAUUGGUGUCCAGGAGAAAAAUCUAGCAUUUGAUUUUUACCAUUCAGAUGCAGUUAUACACGUCAUAAAAUCUAAACAAAUCAGCUUCAUUACCAACUUCUGGACAACUGUAAAUCCCAUUGAUGCAUGUCGGUGUCUUAGACUUUGAAUUGUGCUAUCCUAAUAAAGGCUUAGGAUGAAUCAUUCUAAUAUGGUAAGAGGUUUCCAACUGAUCGAUUGAAUAAAAGAUUUAAGACGUCCGGAAUUAUUAAGACGAGAUACGUAUUAUCAAUCUUAUACUCAUAGAACCAGCCGACUCCAACCGGAUCGGACUGUUCGGUGAGAGACCAUUUAGGGUUUCUGAUCACAAUGUCCCUCUUCCCCCUCCCCCAUAAAAGAGGGAGAAGGAGCGAGAGCUGCGGACCCAUCGACCCACCACCCUUUAUUGCCCACCGUCCCUGGACAUUCUUCCUCUGAGACUCGGUUCAAAAAAAUCUCACGGGGAGACGAAACCUAAACCUAAACCCCCAUUUCUCCUCCCUACUUUGUCUCGUUGCUGUUCCUUCCGUCAUCCGCAAAACCCACCCCAUCUCCCCUCCCCUGCUAUUUUUAGCCCUUCCGACGACGCCAGCAACAAGAAGCGCUCGGUCGAGUCGCUUUUCUGACUAUUAGUCGCGGUCGCUGUCGUUGUGGUCGUUGUCCUCGAUGGCGAAAUCGUACGGAGAUGGAGACAUUUGGCUGCCUCCGGAGUUCCUCUGCGCCGACUUCUUCCGCGAGGGCGGAGAGAGGUGUGAGGCGGGCUUCGCUGGGGCUUGCAUCCCAUGCGAGUUCGGGCUUGGCUCGAACCCGGAGUCACCUGUGGAGUCGGCGACCACCGGAACGGAGAGCGACGAGGAGGUCUAUAUGAAAGCCAUCACCCAGCAGAUGGCUCGCUUCUUCCUCCGGAACGACGACAAGGACGCCUCCGUCACGGCUCCGAGCCGCGCAAAGGCUAUGGCGCGAUCGCCACAGUCCGCGCCGUGCACGCGGUCUUCCUCGAACAAGGGAGGCAGCGUCAACGGCCCCACGUUGGUCUCGUCGCCUCCUCUGGAGCAGCGAAGCGAGGAGACCUGCGACCUUCUCGACGAGGCCCCGGGGCAGAUGAUGCGGCUGAGGCGUUUUGGCGAUCUUGCCCUCUGCGACCGUCGGAUCCUUGGCCCGCUCAUGAAGCAGUCUCCGGCGAUGUCCACGGCUUGCAAAAGCGCCAAUGCCGGGUACUAUGACCUCGGUCCUGUUCUCACCCAUCGUCAACUACAAGCAGCUCAUUUUCAUCACCUGAAGCGGCAGCAAGCAGCGAAGCAACGACUGUCGGCGGCGUGGGGAAGGCAGUGCAAAGCCAGAGAUAGCAGCGUGGGGUACGCCGAAAGCCGGUGCGGUCGGCCUCCGGAUCCGUCCGCCACCGCGUGUCCUCCGCUUCGAAAGCCGCAGCAUCCGCCGCCGGGAUCCGGGAUGCGCGCCGUGUUCCUCAACAGCUCUGGCUCCCGGAAGGAGUCCGCCGGCACCGGCGUGUUCCUGCCCGGGACCGCCAGCAACAAGCUGGCGCCGCGGAAAAAGACCGGUUGUUCGACCGUGCUGGUUCCUGAUCGAGUGGUUCGGGUGCUGAACCUGAGGUUGGAAGACUUCGCAGCGCAGCCACGCUUCCCCGGCGGCUUCGUUCUCACUCACGAAGCUCUUCUCGGGCGAAGCAGCGCUGCGCUAUCACAUCAGAAAAAGAACCGCCACUUGAAUUGCCAGCCGCCGACCGCUGUGGCAGAAGCAGCCGCCGACGAGAUUAGACUCCCUCGUGACUGGAGCUACUGACAUCAGUGUAGUGCUUACUGUAGUAUUUAGGAUUGGGCGUAGGACAGCAGUAGUAAUAAGAAACUUAUGAUGGAAUCCCUAAGGCACAACAGUACGGCAGAGCUAAAGCUAGGGUACGAAGAAUAAGUUGCAGUCGUGAUGUUUUCUUGGAUUGUUUUUGUAUGUAAUUUGGUCUUUUUAUCUACCUUAAAACAAA